AUGUACGACCAGAAGACGGACCUCCGCCGGCAGGGUCUCGCACUGUCACCGAAGACGACGGAGGCGGCCCGGCGACAGCUGAAGCAGGCGGCCAUUGAGAUAUGGUCGGAGGAUCUCCUCCGACCAAGAGCAGGUGUCAGGGCCGUCCAGGCCAUUCAGCCGGUGCUCCAGGAUUGGCUGUCGAGAAAGCCCGGACUUUCUUACAGAGUCGUGCAGGUGCUCACCGGGCAUGGGUGCUUCGGGGAGUACCUGCACGACAAGGCUCGAAAAGAGCCUUCUAGGAGGUGUCAUCAUUGCGCGGAGGUCAGGGACACGGCGCAACAUACAGUAGAGUUCUGCCCAGCCUGGGCGGACCAGCGCCGUGCCUUGACCUCCGCCAUAGGGGGGGAUCUCGGGCUCCCCAGCAUGGUCAAGGCCAUGCUGGAGAGCCAACAGAAGUGGGAGGCGGUCGCCUCCUUUUGCGAAGAGGUACUUACGCGGAAGGAGGCGGCCGAAAGGGAGAGAGAGGCCGACCCUAAUGCGCCCCCAAUGCGGCGCAGGAGGGUCGGCCCCAGAGGGAGAAGAUUCGCCGCCCAAGCGGCGAUAAAUUGA